GGCAAGAAAUUCGACCGAGUGUCCCGACUGCACUGUGAGAGUGAAUCCUUCAAGAUGGACCUCAUCUUAGAUGUUAACAUCCAGAUAUAUCCCGUGGACUUGGGUGACAAGUUCCGGCUGGUGAUAGCGAGCACCUUGUAUGAAGAUGGGACCCUGGACGAUGGGGAAUAUAACCCCACGGACGACCGGCCCUCCAGGGCUGACCAGUUUGAGUAUGUGAUGUAUGGGAAAGUGUACAGAAUUGAGGGGGAUGAGACCUCCACAGAAGCAGCCACUCGCCUCUCUGCCUAUGUGUCUUAUGGGGGCCUGCUCAUGAGACUCCAAGGGGACGCCAACAACUUGCAUGGCUUUGAAGUGGACUCCAGAGUGUACCUCCUGAUGAAGAAGCUGGCCUUCUGAGCUGCCUGGGGAGGUUUUGCUGCAUCCCUGCUUCCUGGCUGGCAUGACCUGGGCAUUAUCUCCAGCGUGAAGAGGGAUCAGUGAGGCACAGCCCCAUUCUCUGGGCUCGUUCUUCCUUCACCCGAUGGACUUGGGGCCACCCUUGGUUGGUCCAAAUUAAGUGAAAAACUGUCUCUGGGCUCCUGCUUGGGCUCUCCAUGGGAAGUGCUCAAGCUGAGCUGCAGAUAUUUUGUGUUCAAUUAAAUUCUGCUGUUUUGUA